GGCGACAUGAAGCGACCUACGUGUUCCCGCUGCCUAGAAAGCGGAUGGGUCUGUCUUUACUCUUCAUUGAAGAAGAAGCCAGGUCCAGGAAGGGGAGUUCGCAAACGUGCCCGCAAUGCUCAAGGGGAUAUCGCCUCGCCGUCCUCCGAAUCCUCCGCACAAUCAGGAGAUGCAGUGGCUCCAUUACUUUCGCAAGGCGAGCAAGUCUCCUUUCCGGGUUCGGACUUCGCAUUCCUUGAUACCAUUUCUAUCCUCAAUCCGGUACCCGAAGAAGCACUAGGCGACUUCUUACCAGCCGCGUCCUGGCCAACUCCAUCGUUGGACCAGCUGUGCGCUAUGGAGCCUUGCUUGACCUUUGACCAAGAACGCGAACUGCUAGAAAGUUUCUUCGAGCAAAUCCAUUCAUCCAUACCGCUCUUCCGCAGAGACGAAUUCAUCCGGCAAUUCGAGUUUGGCACUGUGAACAGGGAGUUGCUGAUUACAAUCCUUGCCCUAACGGCCAAGAUACUAGGUCGGCCCAGUUACUGGACUGAGCAAGGCCUCAACGACUGUUUGAGUCACCUCCAAGCGAGAACCGUCCUAGACUCCGAAACGUCUGCCGGGCAACUAUCACUCGAUAACUUCCGACAGGCUUGUUUGCUCGCCUUUUAUGAGUUCCAUCAACAUCCGGGGGAGAAAGCAUGGUUGCAAAUUGGCCAACUCACGCGCAAAGCUUACCGCUAUGGGCUUCAUCAACUUGACAGCGACAAUCAGUCCGCAAUGCUCGCCUGCGGCCCCCUUGUCGACGAUGAGGUUGAUAAGUGGAGACAUGUCUGGUGGUGCAUCUUCUGCCUCGACUCAUACUCGAACAUCACGACAGCAAGUCCUUUCCUCGUGCAUGUCCAAAGCAUCAGGACAUCUCUUCUCACUGAUCCAGGCGAGGAAGGGAGACGCAAGACCCAGAUAUUCCUGCCUGACGAAACAGAUACGCUCUGGCAGAUCAUCGAGGAGAUCACCUCGCACAGCAAGCAUCUCAACUUCAAUAUCCAUAUGGUGACAACUCUAAUUCUCAGGGAGGCUGCCACACUCUACCAACUAUGUUGGCAGAAUCCAUUGGAACGUUUGCAUCGGCGUCUAGGAGCCCUCGAAAAUCACCUUACGGCAGUGCGGCUAGCACUACCACCGCGAUAUAUGAACGUAGCGCGCGACGUUUUGCACGAUGAACCCUGCUCUGCCUAUCACGCUCGCCUAAUCUGUCUCCUUCAUCUGCACGUCUCUCGUCUUCUGGUCUGUCUGCCUUUCCACCCGCAGAAAUCGGAGGAACAACGAUUGUGUCUGUGGCAUAAGACCCUCGAGUACUGCCAGGACAUAGUCGACGUCGUCAAGCAAUGGGAUAGCCAACACUCACCCAGCGUCGACCCAGCUGUAUGUUUCAUUAUCUACUCGGCGCUAGUUAUCCUCCACCUCCACUACACCACCUUAGCAAGCUCGAGGCCAGAGCGACAAGCCACGCUUGGAACGCAAAAGAAUAUCCUUCGACUCUUUUUGGAACAGUUCUCAUUCUUCUGGAACCUACCGAGAUUUCUGAUCAAGUUGUUUGACAAGUUUUCUCGGGUUUCCCAUAAUGCUGUCACGCUAAAGGACGUAGAAAACUUGUUGAGGCACUUUCAAGCCCCCUUGCAUCACGAUUGGCUCAGGUUUCUUGACCCCGAACAUGAGGCUUUAGGCUCCUCUGCUGUUCAGAAGACCGAACAAACUUGGAUGACUCAAAGCUGGAGCCACGAUAAUUAA